AUGAGCUUCUCCGACGAUGGAUGGGGCGACAUCGAAGAGUCGGAGGUCAAAGUUGCCGUUGAGCGGAAGAAUGUGGUGCCAACUCCAGCUCCUGUGAAACCAAUAACUGAAAUGGGAUUCAAGCCAUUUCCUAAAUCAGAGGUCGAGAAAUCACGGAUGAAGAUGGAAACCAUCGAAGAACAUACCGCGGAACUCGUUGACUUGGAUACCGCGCUGGAACCUCAAAUGGCUGAUGUUCGCCCAAGCAAUGAGGUGUCCUUGCAGAUGGGCACAAUGAAAGUGGACAGUUCAGCUGCUGCAGAUGAUAGCGACGAUGGAUGGGGAAGUCCAAGAAAAGACGAUGGAUUUCGUGGACCGAUUAUCACUAAGACUAGCAGCAUGCUGCCUCCUGUUAGAAUUACGCGCGCACCGGUCCCAGCGGCAUCAACUGAUGACACGUUCGAUAUAGAUUCGCCAAGAGCACUUUCUCCAGUUCAAACUGCUAACAAUGACAUAACUUCUUCUCAGGCAAAGUCGGCCGCGUCUUAUCCCAACGGCUCUGACUCUCAGAAAAAUUAUAAGCCGGAACCACAAUGCGUCAAAGAAAUCCCAAAAACUGUCUCAUUUGGCAAAUCUCCAGCAUUGGAUGAGGUUGCUCAAACCGGAAGACCGGAGCAGUCUGGAUUCGGCUUUCCUGCGGAGUCCAAACAAAAUGAACCGGAUGUCGAAGGAAAUACGAAAUCAUUCGGAUUCGGAAGAGGGGCUGGAUUUGGCGGCCCGACUCAACCGAAAACAUUUGGAGUGAAUACCGAUUCAAGAAUGAACACCGCCAGUUUUGCACCUCAGUCUGAUAAAUUCUCUGAAACUAGAAGUGAUUUCGGUGUGAAUACAAACAAAGCGUCUUCCGAAUCUGUUCGUACCUUUGGCGCCAACGCCAAUGCAACUGGAUUUGGGACAUCUGGAUUCGGAACAUCUUCUGCAUCUGAAAAUAGAGCGUCUUCGGAAUCUGUUCGGACCUUUGGCGCCAACGCCAGUGCAACGGGAUUCGGAACAUCUUCGGAAUCUGUUCGUACCUUUGGCACUAACUCCAGUGCAACUGGAUUCAAGUCAUCUGGGUUCGGGACAUCUUCCGAAUCUGCAAACAAAGCGUCUUCCGAAUCUGUUCGUACCUUUGGAGCCAACGCCAGUGCAACUGGAUUCGAAAUAUCUUCGGAAUCUGUUCGUACCUUUGGCGCCAACGCCAGUGCAACUGGAUUCAAGUCAUCUGGAUUCGGAACAUCUUCUGUAUCUGCGAACAAAGCGCCUACCGAAUCUGUUCGUGCCUUUGGAGCCAACGCCAGUGCAACUGGUUUUGAGACAUCUGGGUUCGGAACAUCUUCUGCAUCUGAAAAUAAAGCGUCUUUGGAAUCUGUUCGUACUUUUGGCGCCAACGCCAGUGCAACUGGAUUUGGGACAUCUGGAUUCGGAUCAUCUUAUUUUCCUGGAGGUUUUGGAUCUAAAUCAACUGGAGCUGGAAGUGCUUUCGGUUCCACAGCAAAGCAUUCUUCAUUCAGAGGACAGUCGGGAAACGAUCAGGCUGCAGAUAGCGCAUUCGGUGGGAAUGGGUUUGGAGCUUCAAACACCAAUAAACCCGCUUUCGGUAGUUUUGGUCAGUUUAAGAAGGACGAUGGGUUUGACGUUGAGAGCACGAAAAAUGGCGGAGGCUGGGGAGAGGAUGCCCAAAACUUUGGUGGUGAUAAACCUCGCGGUUGUCACAAUUGUGGAGAAGAAGGUCAUUUCUCAAGAGAAUGUCCAAAGCCGAAACAACCAAACCUACCAUGUAGAAACUGCAACGAAGUCGGACAUUUCUCAACGGAUUGCGAUAAGGACAUUUCGCAAAAGAUUGCCCCGAGGAGCGUGUACGCAUCGAACCUACGGAGCCUUGUCGUCGUUGCAAUGAAGAAGGACAUUGGGCUUCCGAGUGCCCAACUCGACCACGCGAUCGUGAGUGUGAAGCUGUUUAAAUAUGUAACAAAUUUUACAUGCAUCGGUUCAGUCCGGCCCAGUAUCCAAGGGUACAUCAGAAAAGGGGUACAUCUGGGAGGUAGGUUCAAGGGGUACAUCUGGCAUUUGUGGUCCGAAGCCGAGUACUUCACAGUUUUAAGUAAAGAUGUCUUGCAGAAAUUGUUGAAUUGUCCUCUACUACGAAUUUUAGUAGAAGGCAACAUUCUGGUUUCAUACGACGUGGUUUUUGCUCCAGAAGAAGAUAUGUUCAGUGAAGCUGUCAACAAUGACGAUAGAAUGAACUUCGAACAGAAAGUUGUUGCUUCAAUGGGAGACAACGUUAUUCCGGAUGUUGCCACAUUUGAAGCGUUCAAGGUGCUUCCACAAGAAGUUCAUGACAAUCUAACUCGUAUGAAGAUGAACCGACCUACUCCGAUCCAGAAGGCUGCUUUUUAUCAAAUCUUACAUGGACAUGAUGUCGUCGCUUGUGCUCACACAGGCAGUGGAAAAACCUUGGCAUUCUUGCUCCCAUUGGUGAUCAACUUGCUCGAGGAUCGCCUACAAAACUAUAACGUCAAGGAUGAAAAGCCGUCUCCGCGUCUUCUCAUUAUUGCACCGACUCGGGAGUUAGCAAAUCAGACAUUCAACACUGCUCGCCAAUUAACCUAUCAAACAGGACUCAAGUGUGGAUUGGCAUAUGGUGGAUACUCUCGCAGUGCAAACCUUCAACAUCUUUCUAAUUUUGAUCAACUCGGUAUUCUUGUUUCCACAAUGGGACGUCUCAAUGACUUUUUGGAGUCGGGCGAUAUCACUCUUGACAAGAUGAAGUUCGUUGUACUAGACGAAGCUGAUCGCAUGGUCGACUUUACCGAUUUUGGAGAAGAAGUGAAUAAGAUCAUUGGUUCACCACAAGAGCGCACUCAACAGACUAUUCUUUUCAGUGCUUCAUUCUCGGAAAGUUUGCAAGCUCAAGACCUGCCGAAAAUUGUCAAAGAGGGAUACACAAUGCUCCAAGUGGACAAGUUUGGAACUGCUAAUGUUAAUAUCGAUCAGCAUAUUCUUCCUGUUCCUCGUUCUGAGAAACGAUCUGAGUUGUAUAAACUCCUUGGUUUCGAUGAAAACACAAUGUCCAUUCUUCCUGAUGCUCGCAUUGAGAAAGAGAAAACAUUGAUUUUUGUCAAUUCCGUCAAAUUCUGUGAUACGCUCGCUUCGAAUAUUUCUAGUUGCGGUGUUUCCUGUAUUUCAAUGCAUAGUCGUCAGAACCAAGAACAACGUGAUCGUACUCUCGAUGACUUCCGUCAUGGAAAGUUUCAAUGUAUGGUGGCUUCGAAUGUUUGUGCUCGCGGAUUGAAUAUCGCAGGUCUCGAUCAUGUGAUCAACUAUGAUAUGCCUGAUAAGAAAGGAUUCGACGAAUACGUGAAUCGCAUUGGACGAACCGCUAGAGCUGGAUUCACUGGCGUAUCCACCACGUUUCUCGAUGAGGAAAGUGACAGAGAAAUCAUCCCCAGUCUCGUGAAUAUUCUCCAGGAAGCAGGGAAAGAAAUACCAGAAUGGAUAAUGAAUAUCAACGAGCAAGAAGAAGAAAUGAAUGAAGAAGGAGAAAAUGAACAAUGGUAA